AUGAAAUCUUCGCACACCCCCUCGGCGUCGGACGCCUCCCAACCGCCGGUGCCCAUCUCCAUCACCAUCUGCGGCGACGGCGGGUGCGGCAAGUCGUCCAUCACGCUGCGGCUGGUCAGGAGCCAGUGGACGAGCGACUACGACCCGACGAUCGAGGACAGCUACAGCGUGACGCGGCGGCUGGACGGCGCCGUGUACCACCUGGCGCUGACCGACACCGCCGGCCAGGAGGAGUACCGCGGCAUGUGGGCGUCGUCCAACCUCGGCGCCGACGCCUUCCUGCUCGUCUACGACAUCACCGCCCCCGACUCCCUCGACGCCCUCGACUACUUCAACGAGCUGAUCGACAUGGAGGCCGAGACGCGGCUGGACAACGCCGAGCGCGCGCGGCGCGCGGGGCUCGCGCACAUCUCCCCCAGCCUGCCCGACGCCAGCCGACCCAGUCACCACCACCACCGCGGCUCCGGCGGGGCCGGCUCCGGCGGCAAGACGGUGGCGCCGGUCAAGAUGGUGGCGGGCAACAAGUGCGACCUGGCGGAGAGCCGGCGGGUGGGCGCGGCCGCGGGGCUGGAGUGGGCGCGCAAGCGCGGCUGCGGCUUCAUGGAGACGAGCGCGCGCCUCGAGGUCAACGUCGAGGAGACCUUCGCGCUCAUCGUGCGCCGCGUCGAGGAGGCCCGCCGCCGCGCCGAGACGGGCGCCGCCGACGCCGAGCUGGCCGCGAAUAGCCGCGGCAUGACCAAGCCGCUGACGCCGCUGCCGCCGGGGGAUGAUUCUGAUGAGAAGGCUGGUCGCGGUUGUGGUGGUGGAGGUGGUGGGGAGAGGGGGCCUGGGGUGAGGGGGCCGAAUAUUGAGGGGGAUGAUCGCGUGGGGAAGGGCGAGGGCCGGUUCUGGAAGAAGUUGCGCUGCUGGUAGGGCCGGCUGUGCCGCGGGGCUGGGGGUCGCGGGGGUGGUGUGAAGCGUGUCAAGAUAGUGAAAUCCGAUAUCAGGCUCGUGAAGAGGGUUUCGGUAUUCCGGGGUGGGAAGGAUCUUUGAUGGUUUGUAGGGAGUUGGGAACAUGCUUUUGGGUCGGAGCUGGGAAGCGCGCGAUAUACCACGGUUGGCUGUGUUCUGGUUGGGGGGGGGAGGGGGGCACCAUGAUCUAUUUUUCCCUUGGCUGGAGUUGUCGGGUCCGUCAUUGUAACGAUAUCUCAUGGCGUUGUUGGACUUAAUGACAAAGAGGAGCGGCCUUCAUUUGGGUGGGCGAGGUUCAGCGGUGGCAUGUUUUGUUACCUUGUAUUGAUUGUGAGAUUCUCGCCUGUGGUAUUCUGCGUGAGGGACAACUG